AUGGGCCGCAAGAGGAGGGCUAGGGUUUCCAGCGACAGCGACGGCGACGACGUCGAGAUGAACGGCCAAGAGCCCGCCGCCGCCGCCGACGCGCAGAGCAAGAGCCUCUACGAGAUAUUAGGGGUUGAGAGCACAGCUUCACAACAGGAGAUAAAAAAGGCAUAUCACAAGUUGGCCUUGCGUCUUCACCCAGAUAAGAAUCCUGGAGAUGAGGAAGCCAAUGAAAAAUUCCAGCAGCUGCAGAAGGUGAUAUCUAUUCUUGGAGACCAGGAGAAAAGGGCAUUGUAUGAUGAGACUGGAAUUACUGAUGAUGAUGCACUGGUUGGAGAAGCUGCAGACAAUCUCCAAGCGUACUUCAGAACAGUGUACAGAAAGGUCACAGAAGCUGACAUUGAAGAAUUUGAAGCUAAGUACAGAGGGUCAGACUCUGAGAAAAAGGAUUUAAAGGAACUGUACACAAAAUUUAAGGGCAACAUGAACAGACUUUUCUGCUCUAUGAUUUGCUCAGAUGCCAAGCUUGAUUCUCACCGCUUCAAAGAUAUAAUUGAUCAGGCAAUUGCUGAAGGCGAGCUGAAGUCCACCAAAGUGUAUGCGAAAUGGGCUAAAAAGAUAUCCGAGAUAGAACCACCCACAAACCCAUUGGAGAGGAGAGUGAAGAAAAAGAAGAGCCAGGAGAGCGACCUCAUCCUGGCGAUCUCGCAGCGCAGGGAACAGAGGAAGGAGCGGUUUGACUCUGUUCUGUCAUCUAUAAUGUCCAAGUGUGACGACAACAAGGCGGGCAGCUCAGAGCCCACGGAGGAGGAGUUUGAGCGUGCUCGGCAGAGGCUCGAGAAGAAGCGCGCCAAGGGGCGCAAAUGA